GCAUUGAACCAACCAUCUCAACCAAUCACCGCCGGUCGCAUAAUUUUUUGGAGGGUGGAGUCACGGAGCUUAGAUUGCGACGCUUAAUUUGUCGUCACCUGUUAAUCGCCGGGGAUUAUUAUUUCUUAGGCUUGAUCCGGCGCUGCCAUCAUUUUGUUUUUGAAAAUUAAUUAAGAAGGGUGAUUUGAAAGGGUCUGUGGUUGGGUGUCCCGAGACUCAGUUUGUCAUUCCGGUUCACCACUUCCGGUCAGGAUGCACCUGACAAGAAGGUUUGCCGGAACCUGUUGUACUGUAUUCUGUUGUUGUUCUGAACCGCUGCCUGGUCAAAACAGUGUAUUUGUAUGACCUGUUGUGAUUGGUUAAACUGAGGGAAAUAUGACUUUAUCCCCAUAUUGUUGAGACAUUGUGACAAACUAAUUUUGUUGGAUUAGAACAUUGUCGCUCAUUUUUCUGUGGAGUUUGUAUAUACCGACAGACGGAAAUGGAUACCGGCUUUCGGAUAGAUUUAUCCUUAUUGAGGACAUCACGUUUGUUAUGGAUAAUUAUUAUUGUCCAGCUGCUGAAUCUCCCCUUGAGCAGUUUAGUUACGGCUCAGCUCUGUACGGUGCGCAACGGAGCGACACAUCUGACGGCCGAUGUACAAACACAGCCGAAUUCCGAUUCGAGUACAGUUACGGUGUUCCUGAAUAAUAUUAUUGGUAGUCCGGACGAGAUUGAGUUAUCUGUGAUGAAAGAUGGCCCGUUUUCUGACUGGUUCAUGAUCAACGGGAAACAAUUGCUCCUGACGCGAUCUCUUACGCAGCAGCAUCAGCUGCCAGAGCAUAUUACACUGCGGUUGAAGUGCGCACGGAGAAGACUGAUACCGUCCAUACCGACUUAUAUCACCGUACACGUGCGGAUCGUGCAGCUGCUCCAGCAGAUCAUUAUGCCGCGCGUGGUCACCAUAUCCGAGUUGACUCCUGUUGGUACGACCAUCUACCAAGCCAAUCCGCGGGAGUUUGGUCGGACAGGAUACACAUACAGUAUCGUGAAUGAGGAUGCCAAGGAAUACUUUGUCGUCACGGAUCCCCUGCAGGGCUGGAUCGCUGUGCGGCGCCCGUUGGAUUAUGAGCGUGUACAGGAGUACAAUGUCAAGAUACGCGCCACCGAUGGGAUUAACACCGAUGAUUUCGUUGUAACUGUCCGCAUACAGGACGCCAAUGAUCUCGAUCCGGCAUUCGAGUAUGCCGGCUGUCAGCGGAUAAAUAAUGUCUGUAUUAAUCCGCGCUAUACUGCAACGUGUUUCCUGCGGCAAUCUGGUGGAACGCUGAAGAUUGUUCCGGAACCGAUACGCGCUUAUGAUCGCGAUACAUUGCGCUAUAAUAUCCACUACAGUUUCUUACCGGAAGGUCAACCACCGACGUUUGCCCAGUAUUUCCGUAUCAAUCCCGAAACGGGGGAAGUCCGACAAAUUCGACCACUUGAGUCAUUGGAUGUGAAAGAGUUUGUUAUUUACGUCAAGGCCGAAGAAGUGGCUCCACCCGGUGGUCUGGCGCGUUCAUCCGUUGCACAGCUAGUCAUCGACGUCCGUUCACAGAACGCUCACCGGCCCAUUAUCCGUGCCCCCAGCACCACCUGCUUCAUCCCGGAGAAUGCUCCCGUUGGAUACCGAGCCACCAUCUCGUCCGGCAGUCAAUCACCCUUCCAGCUGAAUACCUACGAUGCCGAUCUGAGCGGUCAAAAUGGCCGGUUUAGCUACACCAUCAGCGGGGACUACGCUAAUUAUUUCCAAGUCACACCGGACGGCUACAUCCAGUGCAUACGACCGGGUUUCGCCUCGCAGAUCACCGAGCGGGAAAGCAUCAAAAUCACCAUUACCUGCACGGAACAGGAUACCAAUGAGAUCUACACCAGCGAUCCGAUGGAUGUUACCAUCGUGGUGGUCAAAGUCAAUGAACACACGCCGAAACUGCAACAGUACAAUCCUGUGGAAUUGAAGGCCGGACCACCGGAUCCCAGUAAAAUUGUGGUUACGGUGAACGCAGUGGAUGGUGACCAAGGAAAAGAUGGACAAAUCACUUAUGCCAUUGUUUACAUCCAGCGCCUUAGCGUGUCGACAGAUAAUCCCUCGCCGGAUGAUGCACGGACUAUUUUUGCCAUCAAUGUUGAUACGGGUGUUGUUGUCCAGCGAGGUACCGUCUAUAAGGGCGAAGUGUACGAGAUCAAGGUGCGCGCAACGGACGGCGGUGGCAAGUUCGAUGAGACGGUGAUUCGUGUCAAGAUCAUCGAUGAUGGACGCAAUGAGUCGCCGUUUUUCGUCAAUCCAUCCUAUGUGGCCUCCAUACCGGAAGGUGUACCGCUGCAUUAUCCUGUUAUUGUCGUUACGGCGCGGGAUCCGGAUAACGAACCCCUACUGUACAGUAUCGUUUCCGGCAACGAGGACGGACGGUUCACGAUCGAUGCAAAUACAGGAAGCAUCCAUACUAUGGCGGCCAUUGACUAUGAAGAAAAGCGGCAGUAUGCGCUGGUUGUCCAGGCACGGGAUCCGGCCAACGCGGUGGCUACCGCGACAGUGUCCAUUCUGAUAAACGAUAUCAACGACAACGAUCCGGUCUUCACCACACCCAGUCCCAUCGUGUUCAACGUGCCGGAAAACCAGGCACCCAUCCGCGUGGGCAGCGUCACCGCGACCGACAAGGACUCCGGUCCCAACGGGGACAUAACGUAUUCCAUCCCUCCCAAUCCAUACUUUACCAUCAACGCCAAAACCGGCGAGAUUAACUGCGUGCAGCCACUCGACUUUGAACGACAGCAGCAGCAUACACUCAUUGUAACGGCCAAAGAUAAUGGCAUUUCUUACAGCGCUGACCGUGGGAUCAGCAUACCGAGCAGUCGAUCCGCAACGGCCGUUGUCACCAUCAAUGUUAUCGAUUCCGAAGACGAAGAUCCUACUUUCAUUGAUCGGAUCUAUUACGCGGAGGUGUUUGAGAAUCGACCGGCCGGACUGGAAGUCGUACAAGUAUCCGCCACCGAUCCGGACAGUGUGAAAAGGAUAACAUAUCAGAUUGUUAAAGGCGACACGAACGCCUUCGCCAUCAAUCCGCAAACGGGCGUCAUCGCCACGAAGAUUCCACUUGAUUAUGAGACGACCAAUCGCUAUCAGCUGAUUGUCGGCACGGCCGAGAAUCGCAAGAACGCUCCAUCCAGUUCCGCCACGGUCUACAUUAAUGUCUUGAAUGAAAACGAUGUUGGACCACGGUUUGUUGGAGGACCUUACGUGGCCAGUAUCGGACGACAAGCACCACUCAACACCGUUAUUCAGACAAUUCUGGCCCGCGACGGCGACACAUCCACGAAAAUUACAUAUGCCAUCGAAGGCGAACCGAAAGCGCAACAAUUUUUCUCGGUCAAUCCGGAUACGGGAGAGAUUCGCGUGUCCGGUGAUUUGACCGGGGAUCGCGAUCCGCAGUAUACCCUUAUUGUAACGGCGCACGAUAAUGGCCAACCACCGCAAACAGCGACAUCCACGGUCAUCGUCAAUGUAGUCGAUCCGUCCCAAGCACGCCCGGCUCAGCUGAUAGACGCGCCACAACCUCCCGUUCAGUUCGCUCUACCGCAAUAUCAUGUCCGCAUUCGGGAAGGAUCAAACGCUAAUACUUUGGUGGAAGAACUGCGCAUCAUCAACAAGCCGACUUCCGGCAUUCAGAACCUGCGAUGCGAAAUCGUUUCCGGUAACACCCCGGUGACCUUUUCCACGGCGCCCACUUUGAACCAGGACUGCAAUCUGCUGACGGCGGUGGCGAACAUUGAUUUUGAGACCAAACCCGAGUAUGAAAUUGUUGUACAAGCCACUGGACAAUCGGAAAACGAGCCAAACUUCCGCAUUGACACACGCGUGGCCGUCAGUGUUGUUAAUAUGAACGACAACUCACCGCAGUUUAUUAUUCCGUAUCCUGGUUUGACCGGUGGCCGGUAUUUCGGCGCGAUCGAUGUUAAUUCUAACGUGGGAACACCAGUUCUGAAAGUUUCGGCGACGGAUGCGGAUAAGGGUGAUUUCGGUAUUGUGCGCUAUUCCCUCAUUCCUAGUGUGCCGGCACAGCGCUUUGAGAUCAACGACGAAAGCGGCCUGAUACGGACGCGUGUAACAUUUAUUGACUCAACUCCCGACAAUGAACCGUUCGAGUUCACAGUCCAGGCUCGCGACACACCUGGUCAACCAAACUUCAAGGCUGCUGCGGCAACAGUUAUCAUCAAUCUUAUCCGCGACCAGAACCGCUUCAUUCUCGUCAUUGAGGGCGCCAAUGCGGCUAAGACGCGCGAAAGCUAUCAGGAUGCCAUUCUCAAGAUUCUUCAGGAUCGAACCGGUAAAGUUAUCGGUGUGGAGAAGAUCACCCACCGGGAAAUUCUGGAUGGCAAUCGUACCCGACCGGAUGUUGAUUCAACGGACAUGUGGAUGUACGCCAUUGAUCCGGAUACCAAGCGCAUUCUGACAUUCCUCGAUCUGCAAUCGAUUUUAAUAUCCAGAGAAGUCCAGGAAAAGCGCUUAUCCGACGUACAAACCGUAUUGACCAGCACGGACCGCGCUGUAGAAUUCCGGGCGCCGUAUGUUUUGCCGGGUUACGUCCAGCCUUUAGUGUACAAGACGUGGUCAGUGUGGGGCUUUGAGGCGGGAUUAAUAGCUUUAGCCGCGCUCAUCAUCCUCUUCUGUAUCAUCGCCAUCAUUCUUCUGUGCUACUUGUGGUCAAGAUAUCGUGAGUAUCUCAAGCGAGCCAGAUUCCAGCCUCGAAUGGAGCCUGUGAUGUUCGAACCGGUCGCUCCUGAAUACGAGACACAGAUUCUGCAAAUGAACGUCAACGAAGACGACAACGCCGAUCUGGGUGAGGUCAACGUAGGCUUUACCCCCCGCAGCGGCAUCGAGAGCGUUACCUACAUCAAAAACCAGCAGGAACGCGAACGCCAAAUGCGGGAAAGCCGCGAAGCACGCGCAGCCUCCGGCUACCGGACCGCCACCGCCUCCGGCAACCCCAUCUACGACAAUCCGGAUUCCAGCAAUGUCGGCAACAUGCAGCAGGAGCGCGUUAUCACCGGCGGCUACUCGGCCACCUCCCGGGCCUCCCGCUACGCGGCCACCUCCAGCAACGGACAGCGGAUUGUGACGGGAAGCGAAGGUAUUAACCUGCCGGUUGAUGAUGAUGAAGAGCGCCUAAUGGCCCGCAGCACCAUGACCUCUGACCAAAGCCGCAUGGUUUCCCAGCGUAAUCUGCACGAUAAUUACGAAGCACCCCGCUCCUAUUCCUACUCCUACGCUUAUUCCAGGGAAUUUGCCGCUAAUAGGGAUCUACAGCAGGCGCCGGCCAGUACGGCAUCACAUUUGUAGACAGAGAGAAAAUGAAUGAAAAAGUCUGAUUUUUUUGAAUGGUUUGUUUCGUUAUAUCCCGUUGUUGUGUCCGCGUUGGGCUUCCUGAUGGUCGGUUAAAUGUUCCUUCCCCGCCUAUUUUUUUGAUAAUGAUUUCCCCCGCUCAGCUGUGCCCCGUUAACCCUGCCGCAUCCACGUAGCCGCCCUCCUGCAGAUUGUGUAUUUUUUUCCUUGUAUAAAAAUGGUAUAAUGUUUCUUCUUUUUGUUUUUUUACAGCACAUGUAAAUCAUGGAUUUACUGGUUAGAAAUUUACUACUGCCUGAUCUGUCAAAAUCUGGAUUCUGGACUUCCGUGUUUUUUUCAUUUGUCCAGAUCAGUCUGGGCCAAAGGUCGCAUUGGGUCGGCAUGAGGGAAAUCUAUUCGAUGGCUUUGCUGUCUUGAGAAAUGCUUUUUUAUAUGCAAUGCACGCGCUAAAGAGUUAACGCUUUCAUUUCCGCUUUCUCUGUUGGCUACAGGCGAUGGAUUUGAGAAUGGUUGUUAUAAUAUUUUAGCCUUUGCUUUUUUCUACGUAUAGAUUUUGGGUUAAUAAUAAUCCUGGUUUCUGUUGACAGUGUUCCUGUAAUCAAAUUUGAAGUUUACAAAACCCAGUCAUUUUGUGCGCCAUUUCUUUGUUUUAUAGCACAUGUUCACGUUCUACCACAAA